UACAAAUUUUAAGUCGCGAAUGCAGAAAAAUAUUUCAAGGAAAUUUCGCUAUAAAAUAAUAUAAUAUUAUAGUAAUUUAAGGAGAAAAUGCUUAAAUAACUAAUUUCUUCCAAAUUUUAUAUGACUUCUGAAGAAUUUAGAUAAAAAGUACGGAAACUGUUUGUUGCAGAGAAGGAAAACAUUUAUGCAAUAUUUGUCAUUGUGGUAAAUUUGAAUACAUGAAUGCACUGCGUUUCAAAUAAUUCAACUUCAAAGUAAAAGUGAAAAAUUUUUAAAAGUUCAUAGUUAUUAUCAUAAAAAAAAAAUUGUUUCAAAAAUAUUAGCAGCUGAACAAGCUAAAAAUAACCACACAACCACCUCCGCAUCUUUAUCUUUGCCGUAAACGGUAUUUGUAGCUGAAAGCUAGUGACAUUUUCUUUUGUUCCGAGUAAAUCACGGAGUGUUGAAAUGGAAAUUCAUAACUAUAUUUAAUACUAUUUUUGACAGUCAUACCAUAAAAUAUUUACGACUACUUUUAAGACGCCCUUAUAAAGCUCAAAAAUGUCUGACUUUAUGCCACGUGAUAUGCUUCCUGAUUUAUGGGAAGAAAUCCUAAAACGUCACUGGAUUUAUUUAGAAACGGAUGGUAGUAUAGAAAAAAUUGAAGAAGGAAAGAGAUUAGAAAAUUGCUUUAAAGAGUUUUUGUGCGUCGUGCCACAUGAUCGAAAAUUUUUCCUACCUGAGACGGGUCAUGUACUUAGAAAAUCUGUUCGAGAAAUGGAUGAGUUCAGUGCGUAUAAGGCAAUCAUUGGUUUUCGAUCAAUUAGCCAGUAUGCAAAUAACUUAUUUACAAAGCCAUGGCGAAAAGAAUUUAGAGUAUUAAAGAUGUAUUCUGGUUUCUAUCAACAUGAAAUUAAAUCGAAUUUGUGUGAUGCUGAAAGGCUUUUUGAAGCUAUGGGGUACAGACAGGUUUCGGAAGAGAUUCUAGUGUUAGAUGGCCCCAUUUGUCCCGAUCAAGUGACAAACGUUUCACGUGAUGCUAUGGCAGCAUAUGUUGAGUGCCAAAUCAUGGAACAUAUUUAUGCAGGACUCAUUGCCAUGGGAUUAACAUGUUCUUGGCAGGACGUAUUUCAUUAUCGAGAAAAAUUUAUUGGUGGAAUUUCACAAACCAUCAAAAGCUUGGCUUAUGCAAUACAAGAAAAACAAUCACGAAAGGAAAAACUUAUUAAUACUGAUAAUUGUUAUGCUAGUAUUCAGCAUUCGCCACUAACGUUGACCACUUCGGAUUGUCCUAAUUGCUUGCUUUACAAUCGGAUGCCAGCGCAAACACAAUACCCAAUUCAUAGUGACAACCACGGAACUUGUGCAAUUCAUACGCCUUCGUCAUCAGCAGUAACAAAUCAUUUGUAUAAUGGAAAUAGUAAAAUGCCUUCAUAUCCAGUAUCAGGAUAUCAACAGUCACAGCAAACAGGUGUUGCGAUGCCCUUGGGAAGCAUGCAACACUCACGAAGUUUGGAUCAUUACAGCGAACCGGCUCCGCAGUUACCACAUAGACAUUCAUUUGAUCAUCAGCAAAAAGGUUGCACUGCUCAUCAUUAUAAGCCACCACAUCAAUUACCGGUACAACAUGUCUACGAAUCACCUUAUGAUUGUUUAGAUGGAACCAGUAUGGGUGGUAGUAGUGUUUCCUAUGCAGCCGUUGUUGCUUCAGGUACCGGCGGUUCAAAUAACGGAAUGAACUCUGCUUACUCUCAUCCUUACAACGUGUCGGGCAAUCGCUAUCCAUUGCCAUACAAUAUUUCAAAUCAGUUAAAUUCACACUACGCAACACCAAAUGUAACUUGCAACGGUGUCAAAGGUGAUCCUUAUAAUAAUGUGGAUAACAAUGGUUACGCCUCCGUGUCAAAGUCGCAAAACUAUAAUUGCCAUCAGCCGUCACCUGUAGUUGCUGGCAGUAAAGAUUUCCAAGCGUAUCGGCAACGUUCCUUUCCACCUGACCAACAGUUGAUAGAAUUUGAUGAUCGGGCGCCACUUAAAUCACAUGAUUUUUACGCACAACUUCACGGAAUAUCACAUUGCAAUUCGUUCGACUAUGUUCGUGAACGAGAAAGAGAUCGGGUAUUUGACCAACAGCUACGCUCAAGUCGGGCUGCAAACAUGACUACAUGUGCGCAACCGAAAGAUAUUAUGAUGGGUCAUCAAUAUCUGCAGCAGAAUUCACAGCAACCCUCAUCGGAUGACAUGUAUGGCAACUAUGUUUACGCAUGCCCAUUGCUGAAAGCUGAUCGCUUGAAAGCUAACUCUUCGGCAAAUGUUGCAGCUAAGCAGGAACGGAACUCAAAUAUAAUAGAUGUCCUUGACAAUAACGAUAAGCAUUUGCAACUGCAUAAUAUGGAAUUGAAGGAAAAUACUAUAGCCUUUAGUGGAACUGCUGCUAGCGGCAGUCGGCGAAAAAUAUCUUCACAUGCCAACGAAGCUUCAGAAACAAGUUUUGAAUCAAAUUUCGAUGAUUACGUGACAGUGGGUCAUAGUGAGCACCCUAUGCAACGUUCUCCGACACAAGCUUCCAAGAAUCAAGAUGGUGUUGGUUCUUUUGAAUCUUGGAACUACGUUUUCAAAAAUCUGGAACGAGCUGGUUAUUCAAAAGAUUUAGGUGAACGUGGAGACCUUCUAGUGCAAGGCUUAGAUUUGGAUUCAAAGAAUUUAUCAAAUGGUGGUGGCGGAAGCUGUAGUGGUGUUAAAGCCAACACGGAAAGCCGUCGGUCAAAUCAUGUGGAUGCAACAAAAUCAGGACGACAAACAAAUAAUGAUCUGGGCAAAACUCGGCUACCAGAUAAAACGAGUACUGCAACAACGUGGAGGGAAGGCGAAAAACGGGAUGAAAAGAGGUUAGGAAAUGGCGCUAGCAAUAAAGAAAAGUCUAUACUGAAGCAGCAACCUGUAAAGAAAACAAAAUCGGCUUUAAAGCAAACUUCAAAUUCUUUCACAUCUUCAGGUUAUGACAAUAAUAAUGGCAAUAACGAAAUCCAAUCUGAAAAGAACACUCGGCCAAGAAGCCGAAAGCUGAACGCCGCAAUAGUGAGCAAUACACACCCUUCCAGGAGCGAUCAAAAUGAAUGGAGUUGCAGAUUUUGCACUUUUCUAAAUCCAAACUCGAAGCGAAUUUGCGAGAUGUGCUGCCGCAGCAAGGAUUUAAAUUUAGACGCAACCGUUUCCCAUACUCCCACUUGCGUUUAAUCGCUUUCCACGGUAUAUAUACCGUAAAUCUUCCAAAUAAGCAUGACAUAGAGCCUUUCCCUAUGUUGUAUAGUUGAAUUAAAUUGAAUUCAUUGAAUAAUUUAAAUUACAGGCUUAAAUUUAUAUUACACAAGAGUGGAUAAUACGAAUAAUCACAUUUGCUCUGAAAAAUCAUAGUCGAAUCUAUGAAUAACUUUAAAAAGUUCUAAUUUUUAUAUCACCUUUGCAAGGCCCUAGUUGUUAUCCUGGGCUCCUUCCUUAAACCUGGUUAUGCCAGCUUAUUGAUGGGCCAAAAGUAUUCUGUGUUAUUUUUUAUUUAUAUAUGUAUGUUUACUCUUUUUUAUUCAUUGUUAAAACUUAAUAAAUGUGUAUUGUUAUAAAAAUUAAUAGACUUGAGAAGUAGAAGCAAUCAAGGUUUUAGUCCUUAGUUUCCGUUAUGUGCCUCCUGAUUUAUUGUUUAACGAAUAGCUAAUCAUACAUUUUAAAAUACGAAUUUGAGUGUAAAAUUUGACUUACGAGUAUAACGAAUUAAAAGAAUUGCAUAUUUUUAAGCAAGCAUAUAUGUAUAUACAUAUAUAUUUACAAAACCUCCUUAAAUUAAAAAUUAAUUAAAAGGAAAAUCUAUAUAUUUUAUAAUUAUUUAGAAAAGCUGAAAAUUGUAAUUGAAGACGACAAUGAUUAAUGUAAUGUAUAUAAAAGUUCGAAUAUUAAACUAAAGAUGUAGCAAUCGAUGGAUGUAAAAAGACACCACUGCGAAGAGAAAAUAGUUCGAACACUUUUAUAUCGUAUAUUGUAAGCAUAGAAAAGUCAUCUACCAAUUGUAGUCUUCUUUAUCUUAUUAAAGUAAUUUAUAGUGAAUUCGAGGAACAAGGAACUAAAACAGUAAACGAAAAAUAUACAGCACCAAAUGGGCAAUCAUAAAAAUGCUGAAAAUAAAAACGAUUUACCCAAUUAAGUAGUGGUUUUUGUUGUUCCCCUGUUGUUUGACACUAGUCACAUUUGACCCCAGAUGGAGCACAUCGAGUUGUAAUUGUUACAUCCAUUGGAAAUUCGCUUACUUAAGUGCAAUUUAUUAGACACUGCGCUCAGAACUGUAAGAGCAAUAUGUGCCACUUAUGUAAAAAUUCUUGAAAAAAGUUACAAUAUUAUAAAUUGAAUAAUUUCAUACAUCUUAUUAACAGUAUAUACAAAAUAAAAACUUAUGAUAUUAAAUAAUAAUUGAAAAAUAGCGAUUGCAGCAUUGCUAAUUUGAAACGGUUGUUGAAUAAAGUUUGUAAGACAGAAACGAGCAACUUCAUUGAAGAAUAAAUAGACUAAGGAAUAUUUUUCAUAAUUCACUAAUAAAUAUGGAAAAUUCAUGCUUUAAUACCUAUGAACUUACACACAUAUACUGAAAUGUAAAUUUGUAUGUAAAAUUGUUUAGAGAAGCAGGUUUUGACCCCGGUAAAUGUUGCAAGUUUGUUGAGUUUGAUGCAAGGACUUAAAGUAUGGCCGACAGAACUGAAAAACAUGCUAAAACAUCAUUUUUUGAAUUUGUUAAUUUUAUCGUUAUAUAUAGGUGCAUAAGUAACCUUUUUUCAAAAUAUGGUAUUACGAUUUAUGUUUUCCCUUAGUUGUGAGUGUUUUAUGCCUUAUUUAGUCCCCAUAAAUUAAACUUAUAUUAUUGAAUAAUUAUUCAUAAUAUGCAAUAUACCUGUAUGUAUGUAUGUAAUUCUGAAAAGAUAUAACAAACCUAUAUAUGAGAUUUAACUGAAAAAUAAAAUGUAAAUUGUUUCAUUUA